AUGAGGUUUCAAGGUGCGGGGCAUAUUGCCAUUGCGGCCUUGCGCAUUCUACCGCUUACUACUCAUGUCUACGCGCUUAACCUGGAUAUUAACAAUCAGGAAUCGAUCAAAGAUGCCGGGAGCACCGCCGCCUACAACAUGAUGACAUGGUACAAAGAAAACGGGACAGACAACCCGGGUUUCAUCUCAAGAUCCUGGUGGACAGGAGCUGCUUUGUUUCUGGCAUGUCUCAAUUAUUGGCAUGCCACGAAUGACACAACCUAUAACGAGGAAGUCAGCGUCGGGAUGCAACACCAGGGAGGAGCGAACGGAGACUACAUACCUUCGUGGGCGGUAGGCGUAGGAAACGACGACCAAAUGUUCUGGGGCCUUGCGGCAAUCACUGCAGCAGAGUAUAAAUUUCCGAAUCGUCCAACUGGUGACACCUGGCUCACCCUUGCACAGGGUGUUUUCAACAGCCAGGUAGCACCAAAUGGAAAGGGGUGGGAUACGACUAUUUGCGGAGGUGGUCUUCGCUGGCAGAAGGAAAUAUGGCAAAGCGGUUAUACCAUGAAGAACGCGGUUUCAAACGGGGGCUUUUUUAUGCUCGCUGCACGUCUCGCUUGGUAUACACAAAAGGAAAAUUUUGCUGUGUGGGCCGAGAAAGUCUGGGACUGGUCCACCGCCGUGAAUCUGGUCAAUAAUAAAACAUGGGAAGUCGCGGAUAGUGUCAGAGAAGGCACUGGGGGCCCCAAUGGCUGCAGUCUUCCUGAUCACACCCGGUGGACCUACAACUAUGGUACAUAUCUGUCUGGUGCUGCAUAUAUGUAUGCCUAUUCUAACGAUACUAAAUGGCUUAACAUUACAAACAAUCUAAUGGACGCCUUGUUUACUACAUUUUUCCUACCCCAACACGGAGGUGUGAUCACAGACUGGCGAUGCGAAGCUUCGGGCGAGUGUUAUAAAGACGCAAAUGGCCCACUUUUCAAAGGUCUUACAGUGUCAUGGCUUGCAGAUAUUGCACUGAUCAUCCCUUCUCUCGCGGAGAAGAUCCUACCAAAACUCGAAGUUUCUGCCGUGGGUGCUGCAAACUCAUGCACUGGCGACAACCAAAACCUCUGUGGUAACCGCUGGUAUGGCGGGUAUGAUGGGCAAAACCAAAUGGAGAAUGCAAUCAGUGGUAGUCAGAUGAUGAGUGCUAUUAUGGUGAAAUUUCUAGGCUCAUCCUCAAAACCAGUCUCGACAGCAACGGGAGGAAAUGCCACAAGCGACCCAAGUGCUGGUACUAGGCAAAGUGCGGCGCCUGCACCGUUACCCCCUAUCACCACGGCAGACAAAGCAGGAGCUGGAAUCCUGGUAGUGGUUUUCGUGGCUGGUACGAUAGGCGGGGUGAUAUUUUUGCUUAGUAACCCCUGA